ACACUAAUCACAAAAAUUUAAGUUUUGUGCAUUUGCUUGUCCACUUAAAAGUUUAAAUUUCGCGGCAAUUUUGGCAUUUAAGCAUUUGACAGUUCUUCAGCAUGAGAAGGCGCUCAAAUGUUAGUUUCAACAUAAAAACGUUUGUGGGCAUUACCUUUUUAUUCCUUUACUGCGAGUACAUCAUUUAUUACGUCGUCAUAAGUUCUUGCAAGUGGCCGGAGCUGAACCCCGCUAACGAGGACCCAACAAUUGCCAAAAACAAUUAUGAGCCGGUCAAAGUCAUGGUACUUGCAGAUACGCACUUAUUGGGCUCCCGAAAUGGGCAUUGGUUUGAUAAAUUGCGUCGCGAAUGGCAAAUGCAUAGGGCGUUUCAGACUGCGAUGAGUCUGUUUAAGCCCGAUUUGGUGUUUGUUUUGGGGGAUUUGACCGAUGAGGGUCUCUACUGCAGCGAUGCGGAGUUUGAGUAUUAUGUGAAGAGGUUCUAUAAUUUGUUUGCUGUGCCAGAGACAACCAAGUUGUAUGUGGCUGUGGGGAAUCACGAUAUUGGUUUUCACUACAGGGUUAGUCCUUAUUUAAAUCAGAGGUUUGUGGCUGCGUUCAAUGCCCCAGCUGUUCAGUUGAUAAGUGUUAAAGGCAAUCAUUUUGUGCUAGUCAAUAGUAUGGCUUUGGAGGGCGAUGGCUGCUUUUUGUGCCAACCAGCGGAACACCAGUUAUCUAGGAUUGAAAAAAAAUUAAAGUGUACAAAAGGUGACUAUAGUGGGAAAUGUGACUCAAAACUUGACAUUUACAGUAAACCAAUUCUUAUGCAGCAUUACCCACUUUACAGAAAAUCCGAUAUGGAAUGUGACGAUUUUGACGCAGCGCCUGAUCCGAUCAAACGCGAACGUUUUCGCGAAACAUGGGAAUGUCUCAGUAAAGAAGCUACAACACAACUUUUAAACCAAAUUAAACCCAGAUUAGCCUUGUCAGGUCAUACCCAUCAUGGUUGCACGCGACCACUGCCAAAUGGUGAUGGGAUUGAAAUUACUUUACCAAGUUUUAGUUGGAGGAAUAAAGAGAACCCUAAUUUUGGACUUGGUGUUUUUACUCCAAACAAUUACGCUUUUACCAAAUGUGAGAUGCCAAAAGAAUUUACUGUUAUCAUUCUGUAUAUUAUUGGGGUGAUUAUUUUGCUACUUUGGUUGCUUUGUACGAGGUAUAAGAAGUACAAGUUGCGCUGACGUUUCUGACCCCUGUGGGGUUAACUAAGGAUCUGUUUUAAAUCAUGUGGAUAGUAAAGUUUUUGUUCCAGUUUUGUGUUUUUUAUUACAUUUUAUUAUUUUGGAAUAAAAUUAUUUUAAUAUUA